AUGAGUGUGCAGGUCUCAAAAAAGAGACAAAGAGAGAACAAAGACGAUAAAGCGGCCACGAAGUCAAAGGCGGAGCCUGUCUCUGCCCCAGUAGAGGAGACAAAAGAGUCCGAGAGUGAGUCAGGGUCUGAGCAAGAUUCCGGGUCUGGCUCCGAGUCCGAAGAAGCAGAAGAUGAGAAAGAGGUCGAGGCUGAAGAAGACGACGAUGACAUACCUACUGUUCAAAAGAAGCAGAAGACGUCGGCCAAGAAGGAGGCGGAGUCGUUCUCGAACGCCAUGAAUGCCCUUCUUGACACGCGUUUGAAGGCAUACGACCGUAGGGACCCUAUCUUGGCCCGUUCAAAGAAGGAGUUGAAAAAGUUCGAGGACGUGAAGCUUGAGCAGAAGGCGAAACGUCUGCUUCUUGCCGAAAAGAAGAAGAAAUUGACUGCCAACCGAAACAAGGACCUCUUGCCAAAGAACGACGCCACUGCCAGACAGGUGCUCCAACACGAGAAGCAGUUGAAGAAAACUGCCCAAAGAGGUGUGAUCAAGUUGUUCAAUGCCAUUCUCAUGACGCAGACCAGCACCGAGUCCGACAUGAGCCACGAGACCGGCCUUGUGGGCCAGUCAAAGAAGAAGGAGCUCGUCAACGAGAUCAGUAAGGAGAAGUUCCUCGACCUGGUGCAGCAGGUAGGAAAAAAAUAA